AUACUAAAGAGAGAUCACCGAGAAGGCCCAAAAGGGGGAUCAAAAAACUCGUCAUCGUCUCUCUCUCUCUGUUGGUUUUCGAUUCGUGUUCGCUUUUUCGGUGCGAAUUUCAAUUUCCGGUACCCGUUUUUGGGAUUCAAUUGAGUUGGGAUUAUUAGUCCUAUAGAUGUCUGAAUCACAAGGAGACGAACACGAUUCCACAAGCUUCAGGGCUUCAUCCGUCUCAGGUAUUUGAAUAAAUAUUGUUGCUGCUCCUUAGUUCAAAUUAGAUUAUUUGUGCAAUAUGUAUAUUCCAGUGAAGAAUAUGAAGGCAGGCUAAACAAUAUUCCAACAGUCUGAGCUGCUUCUUAUUCAAAAGGAAUACAAAUUGUAAUCUUCUAAUCAGUUGUCAGGAUUUUCAAUUUAUCCAAAUUCAGGGUUUUGGGAUGAAAAUCAGUAAAACAGAGGUGAACUUGAGGAGGCUGCUUGCAGCUGCUCCUCAGCAACAAAACCAGGCAAAACUUUCGCAUUAUGUUGCUACUUUACGAGAACAGGUAGAACAGCUAGCUGAAGAGAGAACACCGGAAGGCUUACCUAGAGUUUCAAAGGCUGUCUUAAGUGACUAUUCAGAGAAGAUCGAAGCCAUUGCUUCGAAAUUAGCUGCUCCAUUGCCUGAUUUGCAAGAACCACAGGAGUCCCUUGCAAGAAUUUCGGUUAAAGCAAAGUCUUCUGAAACAGGAGACAAUCAGAGUCCCCAUUCUCCAGGUCUGAGAAGAAGAUUUGUGCCCAACUCAAACAUCCAAGAUGGAACUCGUGAGACUCCUAGUGCAGAUUCUUUGUCACCUGUCAAACUUGACGCUGCAGCUCAAGCGCACAUUGAAAAGCAUAGAAGACUUCAGGAGGAUUUGACUGAUGAAAUGGUUGGGUUGGCAAGGCAACUCAAAGAGACUAGUCUCAUGAUGAGCCACUCCGUGCAGAACACUGAAAAACUACUUGACUCUACAGAGGAGGCUGUAGAAAGGAGCUUGGCUAGCACUGGUCAUGCCACUGCACGGGCAUCCGAUAUAUACUCAAAGACCUCCAAGACUUCAUGUUUCACAUGGCUUUUGAUGUUUCUAAUGACGUGUAUAUUCAUUAUGGUGGUACUUUUAAUUCGUGUCACUUAGUACGUGUAUCCUUGGGUAGGAAGACGAAGACUGAGAUUUCACAUGGCUUUUGAUGUAUCUAAUGACAUGUAUAUUCAUCAUGGUGGUACUUUUAAUUCGUGUCA